AUGCUUCUUUUGCCGACACUGUUUAGUUUAUUUGCAUUUGGAACAGUUUUAUUACUUGUACGUCGGAUAUGGACAAAAGAACGACCACGUAUGAAAAAAACUCAGAUUGCUGCUUUCAAACUUUAUGAUCAGUUAUUCCAGUCGUUAGUGCCAAAAGGGCUCAAUGAUAAAUUUUUGAAAUUGGAAGAUUCAAAAUCGAAAUAG